AUGGUCCGCACUUCCGUCCUCCACGAUGCGCUUAACGCCAUGAACAACGCCGAGAAGGCUGGCAAGCGCCAGGUCCUGAUCCGACCUUCUUCCAAGGUCAUCAUCAAGUUCCUCACUUUCGAAGAGAUCGACGAUCACCGAUCCGGCAAGAUCGUUGUUCAGCUCAACGGCCGUCUCAACAAGGUCGGAGUUAUCUCUCCCCGCUACAACGUCCGCCUCUCCGAGCUCGAGAAGUGGGUUGUCAAGCUGCUCCCUGCCCGUCAGUUCGGCUACGUCAUCCUCACCACCUCCGCCGGUAUCAUGGACCACGAGGAGGCCCGCCGCAAGCACGUCUCUGGCAAGAUCAUUGGCUUCUUCUACUAG